GCUACCCGGAGGACCGUGCUGAGCACUGGGGGGAGUUGCCUGGGGGGCCUGUCCCUCCGAGACACCAGGACACGGUAGAAGCCGCCAAGAGAGCACCCCUGGCCCUGGACGAUGGCAACGAUGCUGCUGAGGAUGGUGAUGAUGGUGACUCGGAUGCGCCUCCUGGGACUGAGGAGGCGGCCGUGAAGGCCAUGCUGCAGGCCGUGGCCGCCAGCCGCCUGCCCGUGUGCAGCCAGCAGCAGGGCGAGCCGGAGCUGACGGAGCGAGAGAAGGUGGCCAUCCUGGGCCGGCUGUACCAGGAGAAGCCGCUGGUGUUCCUGGAGCGUUUCCGCACGGGGCUGCGCGAGGAGCACUUGGCCUGCUUUGGCCACCUGCGUGGCGACCACCGGGCCGACUUCUACUGCGCAGAGGUGGCCCGGCAGGGCGCCGCCCGGCCCCGCGCCCUGCAUACCCGCCUGCGCAACCGGCGCUACGCGGCGCUGCGCGAGCUUAUCCAAGGGGGCGAGUACUUCAGUGAUGAGCAGAUGCGGUUCCGGGCGCCGCUGCUGUAUGAGCAGUACAUUGGGCAGUACCUCAGCCCCGAGGAGCUAAACGCCCGUACGCCCGGCCCGACCCGGCCACCCCCACCCGGCUCCCCCGGCUCUACCGCCUGCCCGCUUUCCGACCUGCUGCUCCAGUCCUUUCAGGAGCGAGAGCUGCAGCAGCGCCUGCUCCAGCAGCAGGAGGAGGAGGAGGCCUGCCUGGAGGAGGAGGACGAGGAGGAGGACAGCAAUGAGGAAGACCAAGCAGCCAACAGUGACUCUGAGUCCUGGGUUCCCGACUCGGAGGAGCGGCUGAUCCUGCGGGAGGAGUUCACGAGCCGCAUGCACCAGCGCUUCCUGGACGGCAAGGAUGGGGACUUCGACUACAGUACGGUGGACGACAACCCCGACUUCGACAACCUGGAUAUCGUGGCCCGGGACGAAGAGGAGAGGUACUUUGACGAGGAGGAGCCCGAGGAUGCACCCAGUCCCGAGCUGGACGGGGACUAACGCCCACCAGGCACUGCUGUGUUGCCGGCCUCUCCAUCUGUCUCCUGGUUCCACACUCUGGAUCCAGCUCCCCAGCAGCCAUGGACAGCGGCCUGAUGGCGGGAUCACCUGUCCUCCCCUGUGCCCCAGGCUCCGGGCACGGGAGGGGUGCCUAGGACUAGCACCAGGAAUCACAGGCUGCCAGCCUGGGGGUGCCAUAGGAAGGGGGCCUACCCCCAGCCCCCCUCAGCCGACACCAAUUUUCCCUUCCUUCACUUCCUCCGCCUCCCUCCCUCGGCCUCUCCUGUUUACACUCCCCAAAGACGCAGGCUGUUAUCAUGGGGCCUGAGUCAUCCCCACACGCAGCCUUCCCCGGGCGGGCGUCCCUGCCCCCCCCAACCCCCCCGCCAGCCACAGGCCCGCCCCGCCGAGCCCCCUGCCGCCCGCCCGGGCUAAUGGGAGCCAGAUGGCCGCCUGUGACUCAGCCGCGGCCUGUGGGAACCCCGGCGUCCCGCCUUCCCAUGCCCCCACACCCGGCUUCUCCCCCAGGACACACACGGGGCCCAGCUGCCGCGGGGUGACCUGGAGGCCAGGGUCAGGGAUACGGGGCCAGGGGACCCCUCACUGCCCCAAGGGAGAGGGGAUCCCACACCUCAUCUUUGCCCUCUGGGCUGGCCAGAGCGAGAGAAGC